AUGCCUUGCAAGCGCAGAGGAGGCACCAAACUACUGCCAGGGGCGCUAGGCACUGAAGGUGUGGGUGCCGAAGAUGUGGGCGAAACCCUUGGAGCAAGAGCCGAUGCCAUUAGCAAGCUGGGUGACGCUGUAGUAAGCUAUGUUAGUGGUCAAUUGGGUGACGCCCAUGGAGUAGGAGGUGACGCCAGUGGGCCAUUUGGCUAUGCUAGAGGCUAUAAUGCUUGUAGGGGCAUUGGUCCAAGCAAAUUCACUACUAGUGUUGAGGUGCUGGGCGACGCUAUGGUGGUUUGGGCGAUGGCAGUGCGCGACGCCUUCGGUGGGGGAGCAGUUGAGCGGCUCAAGGCGUUGGGUGCAGGUGCUUGGCUAAUGCCAAGAACAAGGUCUGGGCGACGCCAGGAGGGACUAGAACUCACACAGGGUUUGCUACUGGCGUUGUUGCUGCUAGGUUGA